AUGGCUAAUAGACUUAGUGGUAUUGUACCGAAAAUAAUUGGGCAGCGACAAACAACUUUCAUAGGGGAGAGACAAAUAAUAAACGGGGUGGUAGUGGCAAAUGAGAUUAUCGACGAUGCACGGAAGAGGAGGAGGAGAUGUGCAAUUUUCAAAGUUGAUUUUCUUAAAGCCUACGACUCGGUUUGUUGGGAAUAUCUUCUUGGCAAUAUGGCAAGGAUGGGCUUUUGUCAAAAGUGGUGUAAAUGGGUGGAGCUGUGCUUAAAAUCGGCCUUGGUAUCUGUUUUAGUGAAUGGUAGUCCAACUGAACAAUUUCAAACGGAGAAGGGAUACUCAGUUGGUGAUAGUGGUAUUUCUGUAUCGAUGCUUCAAUUUGCAGAUGACACACUAUUUGGGGAUUCCGGUGGGGGCUCAAGCUCAUCAUCACGUUGCAACUUGGAUGCCUAUGUUAUAGGAUUUACAAAAGAAAUUCCAAUGAAGGUAAUACACAUGGUGGAGAGAGUACAAAGAGAUUUUCUUUGGGGUUCUUGUCCAAUGAAUAGGAAGGUGGCGUCGGUUAAUAGGAAAAAGUGUGCCAAGCUAAAGAGAUGGCGGUUAUUGAAUGAAGAAGGGGAGUUGUGGUAUGUGGUUCUUAAGGCCAAAUACUAUGUUGGUGGUAAGGAGGUGUGGAGAAAGGCUAGGCACGUGUCGGAGUGGUGGAGAGAAAUUUGGAGGGUCGAUGAAGGGGAGGGAAGUCGUAAUGGGUGGUUAGGCAAAUUAUUUUGUAUUAGGACGGGUAAUGGAGGUAAGACCAGAUUUUGGCAUAAUGUUUGGAGUAGGGACCAACCUUUGAAACAGGAUGUUGAAGAUAACUACGAUGGCAUGGUGACACAUCAGGGGAAUAUACAAUCUCGAAAGCACAUCAGGGGAAUAUACAAUCUCAAAAGCGUACUUCUUGAUGUCUUUGAAUCCAAAACAGCAAAAGCACCCAAUUCUGUCAACUAUGUGGCGCCUUCCCUUGUCGAAAAAAGUUUUUGUUUUUGCUUGGAGGACCAUUCUGAACCGCUUACCGUCGUGUGA